AUGUCACCAAGUUGUCCCACCAGUCCUUGCCAAGAUUCAUCCUGUGGACAAGAUUCUUCCUGUGUUGCUCUGAACAGUAUCUAUUUUUGCCUGUGUUCCGAAGGGUAUUACUAUCAAAACAACUCUCAGAAGUGUGAGGAAGGAAAAAUAUUCCCUGGGAGCAUUACAGUACAAGUACCCCAAUCAGAUAUUUCUAACUUGGAAGAUAAAAAUUCUAAGGCCUAUGAAGGUUUACAUGAAAAAUUUAAGAAUGCAUUCAACUAUUCUAGCAAUACUUCUGAAUAUGGACAGACUGUAAUUAUUAAAGUAAGCAUAUCUCCUUCAGCAAGAUCUGGAAUGUAUGCUGAGAGUAUUGUUAAUGUUUCAUUAGUAAACAUUUUAAUAGAAAAUACAAAAUAUAAUCAGAGUUCUGUGGCUGCAAUAAUUCAAAACGCAAUUGACAAUGAAGACAGUGGCAUUAAGGGAUACUCUAUGAAAGAUCGGUGUGACUAUUAUGGUUGUAAAAGGGAUGGUGUCAGUAACUGCAACAACGGCUUACAAUGUGAAUGCAAAGACGGAUACCAAAGACCUUACCCACAGGUCGCAGUCUGUGUUGCUUCCUCUCCGGUGUGUCCCGAUACCUGCAAUGAAAAAAACAAGAAGCAAUGCUUACUGAAGGAAGAUGGCAGUAUCUCUGAGUGUGUGUGCCUGCCUGGCUACCGGGACAAUAAGGGGGAAUGUGAAACGUGUCCGUUUGGCUACAGUGGACUCAACUGCCAAGACCAAUUCCAGCUGAUCCUCACCAUUGUGGGCACCAUUGCUGGCAUCCUCAUUAUAGGCAUGGUGAUUGCAUUUAUCGUCUCAUCAAGAUUAAAGAACAAAAGGAAGGAUGGUGAAGAACAGAACUUGAUUGAGAAUGACUUUCAAAAUCUGAAACUGCAGCAAACAGGAUUCACCAACUUUGGAGCAGAUGGUAGUAUCUUCCCUAAAGUCCAGACUAUGGCCUCCAAAGACAGACAACUACAAAAUCCGUAUAUAAACACGGGAAGUAUGCCCCACCCUGACUAUUAG